CAGUUGCCCCCUCACUGCAGCGUCGCCGACACCAUUACUGGAAGGAACUAGAUGGAGAGCUGGACGGACUACUUCACGUCGCACUUCUACGCAAUGAAGGCGCGGCCCGUGUCGGCUUUUGACCCAGCAGGCUUCAUCAUCGUCAUCUCGGCAUUUCUUCUGCUCGUGGGCGUCGUGGCUGCCACGGCGCGUGCACUCGUGUCCAGGCGCGGACUUCUGCUACGCUCGCGCGUUGAGAAGAACCUUCAGGACAUGUCAGAUUACGUAUCGGACCAGCGCACACGUGUAGGUGAGAACUUACAGUACAUUAAGGGGCGUGCCAUCGACCACUCAGGCCGCCAGGGCUUCAUCGCCGAGAUGGCUAGCUACGCCUACCUCUCGCGACUCGCGUUUUCGCUCUCGAUAUUCGCCAUCGCUUCGUACCUCAACACGCUGGCUGCUGUAAUUGCAGGUUGGCGCACUCCCAACGUGGUGAUUCUUGAUCUUGCCAAGGAGAGUACCGACCAUAAGACUCUUCCGGAUCUUGGACAUGACCUCUUUAGAUUUGUUAUGACCAAGAUUUACGGCCAAACCACGUACAUUGAAUGGUUCGACCUGCCCGACGAGUUCCUUGCUGCUGUUGGUAUGCUGACGUCGUUUAUCCUCAUUCUGCAUCCGCGGCGCCUGCUGAUCUUGCGUCGCUUCUGCUUCAUCUUUGCUAUCAUCAACGUUAUGCGCGCAUGCUGCGUGGCGGUCACGUCGCUGCCAGACGCCAGUCCCAUGUGUAUCUCCCAGUUCGACAGCAAGGAACGCGGCAACUACAAGUCUCUGCCGAUAUUUCCAAAAGCCUUCUUCCGCGCUUGGAAAGUGUUGAUCCGCCCGUCACAGCACAUCACAUGCGGUGAUAUGAUCUUCAGCGGUCACGCAGUCUUUUUAAUUCUCUGUUGCAUGUUCGCCAGAACGUACUGUGUGCGCUCAGAAUUGAAUACGCCGUUCACCCGGCGCUUCCCGUGUGUGUUGUGGAUGAUUCGCUACUACAACUACAUCCUGUCGGCUUGUGGCAUCUUCGCUAUCGUGGGCACGCGGUUGCACUACACACUAGACGUCCUCAUCGCUAUCUACAUCACGAUCCAAGUUUGGUUCACAUAUCAUUGGCUUACGAACCACCCGGAGAAUAGUUUUCCUGUCAUUAAUUGGCUCGAACAUGCAGAAGUGCACUUGGUCGACCACAAUGCCUAUCGGAAGGCGCGGCGAUCUGGCAGUCAGAGUGAUCGAAUUGAAAAGAUCGACUAG